AAAUUAUUUCAAUUAAUAUUACUAUUAUUUUAUAGACUGAAUCCAAACGGAGCCGACAUUAACUCCAAUAGUCUUCUCAUUCAAUUAGUAAACGGCAAACAUUCAUCGCUCAGUUCAUUACUGGGAGAGAAUUCAGAGCACAGUUUUAAACUGAACGUAUCGUUUGCCGGUGUUAUCGGCGUUAGUGUCCAACGAAAUAAUGACAAUCCGAUUGAGUUGUCGAGUGAAUACUUGGGAGGUCUGGCCAUACGAGCCAACGCUAACCGAUCCAAUGCCAUAGAGUUUGACGCUAACAACAAACCUGUCAACCCUUUCCUCAAGAAUAUCUACGAAACAAAUGAAAACUCACAAAAAUCUGUGUCAGACAACGAGAUCGCCGUUUUGGUAGCGCACGGGUCACUCACUGGGGCUCAGAUUAAAGCUAAUAAUCGCACACUUGAUAGCAGUUUAAUCGGAGUAAACAAAUGCCUGACCAAUAAUCUGAUGGCCACAACUCUGGCCUCCAUUGUGACCUUAAUGGUUAACAUAUAUCUGGUCACUCACUUUAAAGACAACGAUUACCGACGAUGUGUGGGCACAGGUCUGGCCCUGUCGUCGGUGUCAUCGGCAGUACAACUGAUGGUUUCGUGUGUAAUAUGCGGUUCUGUCGGCCGAAAGUCGGAGAAUAUAAGGGAAGUGUUGGACGCCGUGAACGGACCGGAGCUGACGGACGGCGAGUUCCGGGAAGUGUUGCUCUUUAAAGAUAUUGUUAGAAAUGGUCGCACAUUUGGCUUCACUUUUGGUGGUUUCUUUGUUCUUAACAAAUGUGCACUCAUU